AUGGGUUAUGUAAAAAAACAAUCAAUUUUAUUUUUAUUAGGCAAUGAUGCUGUAUUCAAUAAGUUCCAAAUUCCUUUAACUCCUGGUGGUUAUUGGGCAGCUGGUUCUACUUUUGAAGUAGGUGCAUCGCUUAGUGUAGGUUCCAUUCAAUUGGUUUUAAAGAAUACCGGUUUAUCUCUCUUAGUAGAUGGUGAAACAGUUUGGUCCCCAUAUAGCUUUUUGACUCCUAACGAAAAUGCACUCUUUCAAUUUAACCAAGAUGGUGAGUUUUUUUUAUUCCCCAAAAGUGGUUCUCCACCUGUAUGGCGUUCAAAUACUUAUUCAUUAGGAGGUUCCUAUAUUAAUAUUCUUCCAAGUGGUUCUUAUGGUCGUCAAUGGUCAAUUAUAGUCCAAGAUAUUGAUGGGCAAAUGGUUUGGGGUAGAUUUGGACCAAUUGUUUCGAGUGAUAAUGUUAUUCCAUUAAUACCAGGUAGUUAUAUCGAUAGAUUAAAUACAACCAUUAAUAAAAAUUUUUUAACCAAUGGUAGAUACUACUUGAGUAUGGGUCUUAGCCAAAACACAUCCGAAGCCGUUGGUUUUUACCAUGGUAACCCUAUUGAAGUUUCAAAGUCAUCACUUUGGUCUAUUUCGAAAGAUUAUCAAGAGGAUAGCUAUUCACUAUUCUUUACAGAAGAUUCAAAAGUAUGUGUUGGUAUUGUUGGUGAAGAAUCACAUAAAUGGUGUACUAGUCAUAAUGUUACAGCCAACCAAAGAUAUAUAGUUGUUCCUUUAGAAGGAUAUGAAAAUAUCCCAAAUGAUGAUGGUUUUUGGUAUUGGGUUGUAUUGUCAAGUGAUUAUAACAUUUCUAGUAUUGUAUCAAGUAGACCAUUACCAGUUUUUGACACAAAGUCAAUUCCAUUAACUUUUAAGGGUUCUAUUCAUUCUUCAAAUGGAUAUAUUAAUGUUGGUGACAGCUAUACAGUUGGUAAUACAAUAUUAUCAAUGACUCAAGAUGGUAUUCAGUUAUCUCAUAAAGGCCAAAUAGUUUGGAAUCCUUUUACUUUCUCAAAUUCUGAUGUCAAUGCCUAUGCUCUUUUUGGUACUGAUGGUAAUUUUUGCAUUAAAACAAGACUUGAAGGUUGGUGUACCAGCAGUCAUAACCUUGGUGGUCUAUAUCUCAAUAUUUUACCAGAAGGUUCAUAUGGUCGUGAAUGGGGUAUUGUUAUUCAAAAUACUCAAGGUUUAAUGGUAUGGGGUAGAUUUGGUCCAGCUAUUAACAAAAAGGGUAUUAUGCCACUCAUCCCUGGUAAUUUUAUCGAUAGAUUAGAUCCAGCAAACAAUGUUUUAUCAACCUUCAUUACAAAUGGUAAAAAUUAUCUUUAUGUUAACAAAGAAAAUGAUGCACUCAGAUAUCUCCAUGAAUGUUCAUCUGUAUGGUCAGUCAACAAAAAAUCAAGCGAUUCUUAUCAAUUAUAUUUCCAAAAUAAUUCAAAUUUAUGUGUUGGUGAAAUCAAUGGUAGUUCCAAUUCUUGGUGUAAUGAUAUAAUUAAUUCCGAUCAAAGAUAUGUUGUUGUUCCUCUAAAUAAUGAAGAAAUGCCUGAAGAAAAUGGUUUUUGGCGUUGGGUCACUUUAAAUGACUCUAAAUCAAUAGUUUUUAAUAUAACUAAUUUCAUAAAGCCAGUAAAUGAUUUAAAGUCAAUUCCACUAACUCAAAAUGGUUAUUUACAAGCAUAUUCAAAGUUCGGUGUCGGUCAUUCUAUUACUGUUGGUAGUAUCAAGCUUCAAAUGACCAGUACAGGUCUUCAAUUAUUACAUAAUAAUGUUGUUGUAUGGAAUCCUAAUCCAACACUUGCUGCAAAUGAAACUGCGUUUGCUGAGUUUGGUAUUGAUGGUAAUUUAUGUAUUAGAACAGAAAAAGGUACUUGCAUUAGCAGCCAUGGUCUUGGUGGUAAAUACCUCAAUGUAUUACCAUAUGGUUCAUAUGGUUAUAAAUGGGCACUUAUUAUUCAAAAUAGUGAAGGUUUAAUGGUAUGGGGUAGAUUUGGUCCAGUCAUUGACUUUAAUAGUAUUCCACUCAUUCCAGGUGGUUUUAUCGAUAGAUUAGAUCCAACAAAUAAUAAACUUUUGGUUGGUGGUAGAACUUUUAUUACAAAUGGUCGUGAUUAUCUUUCAGUUAACCAAAAAACUUUUGAAGCAAUGGGCAUUUAUUCAAAUAGUAAUCCUUUUAACAAAAUUGAUGGAGAUUCAAUACCGGUUUGGUCAGUAAAUAGAACAAAUGUUAAUAUCAACUAUCGAUUAUAUUUCAAAGAUGAUUCUAAUUUAUGUCUUGGUGAUAUCAAUGGUCCUCCAAAUACAUGGUGUAAUAAUAUACUUUCAAAAAAUCAGAGAUAUGUUGUUGUUGUCCCUCAAAAUACAUAUUUAUCAAAUAAUAACGGUUUUUGGGGUAUCUUUGUCAUGGAUGGAAAUAAAAAUAUAACCGAUAUACUAUCAAAUCAAAGGGAACAAGUAUUUAACAAAAACAGAAUUCCAUUAAGUAUAAAUGGUUUUAUUGAAACAAAACAAAAAAUCACUACAGGUAACAUUAUUUCUGUUGAUGGUACUCUACUUUCAAAGACAAUUACUGUUGGUAGUAUCAGGCUUCAAAUGACUAAUACAGGAUUACAAUUAUUAUAUAAUAAUGACAUUGUAUGGAAUCCUUUCCCAUUAUCAACUUUAAACGAAACUGCUUUUGCUGAAUUUGGUCAAGAUGGCAAUUUAUGUAUUAGAUCAAAAGUAGAUUGGUGCACAGCCAGCCAUUCUCUCAGUGGUAAAUAUCUUAACAUAUUACCAGAUGGUUCAUAUGGUCGUAAAUGGGGUAUAGUUAUUCAAAAUAGCGAAGGUAUAAUGGUUUGGGGUAGAUUUGGUCCAGCAAUAUCAGAUUUAGGUAAGUUACCUCUCAUUCCAGGUAACUACAUUGAUAGAUAUGAUAGUUCAAAAAGAUUCAUCAGUGAAAAGGGCUUUAUUACUAAUGGUCGUGACUAUUUAUCAAUGAACUCAAGAGAAUUAGAAGCACUUGGUUUUUAUUUCAAUUAUAACCCAAAUAAUUUUAUCCUUACUCAAGAUUCGGUUUGGUCGGUUAAUAAAUCGAGCAAUUUAAAUUAUUUAUUAUAUUUUAAUGAUAUUAAUGAUAAGUUAUGCGUUGGUGAAAAAGGAAAAGAGUUAAUCAAUACCAUUUACUGUGCAGAUUAUUUCCCAAACCAAAGAUAUGUAGUUAUUCCACCUCCACUCAAUGAAUAUAAUGAAACAUUUUAUAGAUGGGUUAUUUUAAAUGAUAAUAAUCAAGUUGUUUACAGUUUAGCAAAUCGUAUUGAACCAAUUUUUGAUCAAAAAAGAAUUCCUUUAACAACCAAUGGAUAUUUAAAAGCUGGUGAUGUAUUAAAAUACAAUCAAAAACUUGUUGUUGGAAAAACAACACUCAAUGUAAGAGGCGAUGGUUUUGAAUUGUCACAUAGUGGAGUAGUGGUUUAUAACCCACUUUCUGUAGGUAGUGAAGAUAAAAAUGCUUAUUUAGCUUUUGGUGUUGAUGGUAAUCUUUGUUUUAUACAUAAUUCUAAACCUAUUUUCUGCAUUUACUCUCAAACAUUAAAUGGUCAAUAUCUUAACAUAUUACCAGAAGGUUCAUAUGGUCGUGAAUGGGCAAUCGUUAUUCAAAAUAGUGCAGGUUCAAUGGUAUGGGGUAGAUUUGGUCCAAUUAUCUCUGAUACAGGUAUUAUGCCACUCAUUCCUGGUAAUUUUAUCGAUAGAUUAGAUCCAACAAAUAACAUUCUUACCAACUUUAUUACAAACGGUCGUGACUAUUUAUCAAUGAACUCAAGAGAAAUAGAAGCUAUGGGAUUUUAUUAUAAAAAUAAUCCAAACAAUUUUGUUACACCAACCUCUUCAGCAUGGUCAGUUGGAAGAAUGGAUAACCAGAAUUAUAAAUUAGAAUUCAGUAGUUCUGCUAAAGAAUUAUGUGUUACUGCAAUAAAUAGUGAUGGUGAAUAUAUUUGGUGUAGUCCAACUCUUAAAGAGAAUAUCAGAUACUUAGUAGUUCCUCUUCAAAACAAUCAAGUUCCACAAGAUGACUUAUACUGGAGAUGGGUUUUAUUAUCUGAUGAUUUUACCGAUGUUUUUAGCAUUUCACAAAAACCACCACUAGUUUUUAAUCAGCUUUCUAUUCCAUUAACUAAAAAUGGAAAUCAAGGUAGAGGUCGUUUUACAUAUCUUUCGGUUGGAAAUACAGAACUAUUAAUGACUGAUGGAUUAAGAAUUAGACAUGAAGGUCAAGUUGUUUGGAGUCUUACCUCUAAUCAUGAAACUAGUUAUGCUCAACUUCAUGUCGAUGGAAAUCUUUGUAUCACUGACAUUAAUGGUGUUGAUCUUAAUUGCACAUUUACUCAAGGUCUUGGUGGUGAAUAUGUUAAUAUUUUACCAGAAGGUUCAUAUGGUCGUAAAUGGGGUGUUGUUAUUCAAAAUAAUGAAGGUAAAAUGGUAUGGGGAAGAUUUGGUCCAGUUAUAAGCCAAGAAGGCAAUAUGCCACUCAUCCCUGGUAGUUUUAUUGAUAGAUUAGAUAUUAAUAACAAUAAAAUCUCCCAAUUUAUUACAAAUGGCUAUGAUUAUUUAUCAAUGAACUCAAGAGAAUCAGAGGCAGUUGGUUUUUAUAAAAACAAUAGUCCAAAAAAUUUAGUUUAUAAAACAAACCCAUCCUGGUCAAUUUCAAGAAGUGAAACCAAUCAAAGAUUAUAUUUCGAUUAUAUAAACAAUUUAUGCAUGGCCCCAGUUGGAAAAGAAAAUGACCCAAAUUGGUGUAACGAUAUAAAAAAUAGAAACCAAAGAUAUGUUAUUGUUCCAUUACCUGGUUCAAAUCUUCUUCCAAACGAUGAUGAUUUUUGGGGUUGGAUUACUUUAUUUGAUGAUAAGGGUAUCGCAUAUAUAGCAUCAAAUAAAAGACUUCCAGUCAAUAGUUUAGAUUCAAUUCCCUUAAGUCCAAAUGGUAAUAUUGAAACAAAUCAAACUUUAACCGUUGGGUAUAAAGUAACUAUUGCAAAUAUGAUACUUCAAAUGACUUCAAGUGGUUUACAUCUAUUACUUAAUAAUGAAGUUGUAUGGAGCAUUACAUCUCCCAUCGCAAAUGGAACUGCUUUUAUUGAAUUUGGUAUUGAUGGCAAUUUAUGUAUUAGAACAAAAGAAGAUUGGUGCACAGGCAGUCAUAGUCUUGGUGGUAAAUAUCUUAAUGUAUUACCAGAAGGUUCAUAUGGUCGUAAAUGGGCAAUUGUUAUUCAAAAUAGUGCAGGGAAAAUGGUAUGGGGUAGAUUUGGUCCUAUCAUCAACACAGAUGGUAUUAUGCCACUCAUUCCAGGAAGUUAUAUCGAUAGAUUAGAUACAACAAAUAAUAUUUUAACAAAUUUCAUUACAAAUGGUAGACACUAUCUCUCAAUGAACCAAAAACCUACCGAAGCAAUUGGUUUAUAUUUCGACAGAAAUCCUUUCAACAAAAUUGAUUAUGAACCUUCUAGAGUUUGGGGAUAUGUAAAAGAAAAUUCUUCGCUAAAUUACCAAUUUUAUUUCAAAGAUGACUCUAAUUUAUGUGUUGGCUCUGGCAGAAGUCUUGCUCCAGUUUGGUGUAAUAAUAAAUUAGUAAAUGGUAGAUAUUUAGUUCUUCCAAUUGAUAGCUUUGGCUACCCAAUUGAAACCGUUGCAAUUUGGCUUUUACUAGAUAGUGACAAAGGAGUUGUUGAUCAUAGAUCAAAUAUAAAUCUUCCAGUCUAUGACAAAGAUUCAAUUCCAUUAACUCCCAAUGGUCAUAUAGUUGCUUCCAAUUCCAAUUUAUUAACUGUUAAUUACAAUAUUAAAGUGGAUGAUACUGUAUUAUCAUUUACUAAUAGAGGAUUCAAAUUAUAUUACAAAAAUGAAGAAGUUUGGAGUCCAUAUAAUUUUUCUCCAUCAAGUUCACUUGUAGCUUUUCUUAAAACCGAUGGUAAUUUAUGUGUCAAAUUGUCGGCAAACGAUCAGCUUUCCACUUGGUGCACUCUCAGCAAUGGUUUUGGGGGUCAAUACCUUAAUAUUUUACCAGGAGGUUCAUAUGGUCGUAAAUGGGGUAUAGUUAUUCAAAAUACCCAAGGCUUAAUGGUUUGGGGUAGAUUUGGUCCAGCUAUUAGCACAAUUGGUAUUAUGCCACUCAUCCCUGGUAACUAUAUCGAUAGAAUGGGUUUAUAUACAAGUUUAAACUCCACAAAGAAUUUUAUUACCAAUGGUCGUGACUAUCUUAUGGCAUCUCAUGGAGACUUUGCAAUGGGUCUAUAUAUUGAUACCAAUCCACAUUUAUAUCCAAAUAACAAAACAUGGUAUUUUAGUAAACCAACACCAACCUCAACAUAUAAUGUUAUUAUCCAAAGUGAUACAAAUGUUUGUAUUAACGAUAUUAAUACAAAUACAAAUAUAUGGUGCAAUAUGGAGCAUGGACAGUCACAAAGAUACAUAGUCAUGCCAUUACCAAACGAUGAACAAGGCGGUUGGGUAACAUUAAAUGAUAAUAUGGAGCUAGUUUAUUCAAGAGUUGUUUUCAUUCACAGUUCAAUCUAUACUGACGGUAAAACUCAACCAUAUUUACUUCCAGCACAAGGUCUCAAGAAUUCGUUCACCUCACUUUCUUAUAACCCUGGCACCCUUAUCUUUACAAACCUUUUAAACAACAAACAAUUAAAAAGUUAUGUAUCCUCACAAGAAACUCUUCUAAAGCCAAACUUUAAUGGUUAUGGAUAUAGUAUAAUUAGUAAAAACUAUUUUUCUUUUUUUGCUGAAUAUGCAGAUUGUGGAAUUUUAAACUGUCUUUGUAAAAAUACAUACUUUAGUCUUAGAGGAACACCAGAAACACUCGAUAGAGGUGAUGCAACAUUUAUAGGUUUUAACUCAUUGGUACCAGAACUUCUUUUGGUUACAAGUAGUGGUGAAAGUCUUUCAAAUACAAAAUUCUACAAUAUAUCUCAUUAUUAUCCUAAAUACUAUAUAUAG